AUGCUCAUUACUGAUUGCCUUAAUGAAGUUUUUGAAUUCUUAGAGGAAGAUCAUUAUACCUUACAUUCAUGCUUACUGGUUAAUCGUUUUUGGUGUAAAGUUUCCGUUAGAAAUUUAUGGAGGAAUGUAUGGGAUUUUAAAUAUAAUUUUCCCGUUAUACGUCAAAUGUGUAUAUCAUCAAAAAUCCUUAGCACCUUGAUCGCCUGCCUUCCUAAUGAUUUAAGAGAUUAUUUAAAUGAUAAUGGAAUUUUUAUUUACACUCCAACGUCGAAAUCUCCAUUGUUCAAUUAUAUAUCAUUCUGUAGGGUUCUUUCAAUUCAUGAAAUUGAUCGAAUCAUCUUUGAUGUUCUUAAAUGUCAACAAGCUGAUAUCCCACAAAGUUUAAAUCGAAAUAGACAUCUAGUAUCACGAGCAAUAUUAAAGAUGUUUAUGAGACAGAUUCCUUGUCUGAAAGAAUUGAAUUUCCUUUCAAUGGGGAAUAUAAGAAACAUUUCCAAUAUCGGUUUCACAUACUUUCCUGGAGCAACAGAGUGCCUAAGAGAACUUUCAAUAUUAAGCUGUAGUUCUGAUGUUUAUUCCGAAUUCUUUUAUCAACUCUCUCAAAUAUGUGGGAAUAUACAAUCCAUAAGUAUCAAAUUUGAAGGCUUUGUUUCACAUGGAUUAAAGGAUUUGAUAUCUUCACAGAAAUAUUUAAAACAAUUGAGUUUAACACAAUAUUCUCAUAAAGUGAAAUGGAAAGAUGUUAUAUCUUUAUUAACAAGUAGUUCUGAUACUUUAACAAAUAUUAAAGUACUGGUUUUAUCACUUAAUCAUAUGGGAAAUUUCGAAGAUUUCAAGGAGUUACAACAUGUUACAUUCUCACUAUUACAAAACUUAAAAUUUCCUCAUAGAUUUCCAGAAUGUGAAUACUUGUAUAAAUUUUUGGAAAUCAAUGGAAAGAAUUUAAAAUGUCUUCACAUUGCCGAUUCUGAUCGUUCAUUAAAUUUACUUAUAGCCAAAUCUUGUCCGAACCUUAGAAUAUUAACUACUACAUUCACGGAUAAUGAAAUUGAUACAUUGGAAAUUAUUUUGAGUAAUUGUCAACAGUUGGAAAGCAUUAAAGUUUGGUGUGGUUAUGGAUGUCUGGAUGAAAAAAUCUUGUUGGAAAUCUUGACAGAUUUUUCACCAAGAAAUUUUUAUAAAUUAAAAUUAAUACAUAAAGCAAAUUCUAGAUUGUUUCCGAAAGAUCUGGAAGAAUUCUUCGUAAGAUGGAGUCAUCGUGUACCACUAAAACCGCUUGUUUUAAUCAUUAUUAAAAGGUAUCGCGUGAAGAGCUUAGAAAUUCAAAGAGAAAAUAUGAAAGUACUUGAAAAAUAUAAAAAGUUGGGUGUUAUUAAAAAAUUGGAAACCGUAAAAUUUGACGAUGAUUAG